AUGCCUGUGCAGAUUGCGAAGUCGGUCACUAUACUGUGGUACUUCGGUGAAGUCAUGUGUAAAACUGUAAACUUUUUACAAGGUGUCGCAGUAGCAUCGAGCGUGUUUACAAUCACGGCGAUGUCGGUGGACAGGUACCUGGCUAUCACGCAAUCACUUCGUCAGCCUUGGAUGCCGUCACGGCGAGGAGCGUGCAGCCUACUUGCCGCGUUAUGGCUCGUGUCUUUGGCUAUAUUUGCACCAUUGCUAGCCGUAGCCGCCGUUGAAACCGUCAUGGUACCCAUGCUCUCUAGCAACGAAAAUGGAUCAGUAUGGAUAGAGAGUCGUAUAGAGUUCUGUACAGAAAAAUGGCCUGAUUCGAUAAGAAAGGAGCUUUUUGGAGCUUUCAGUUUCAUACUCGUAUAUGCGGUGCCCGGUUGCAUCGUAGUUGUAUCUUACUCCCUCAUGGGUAGGCGGCUCUGCUCAGUGCUGCCACCUUUCGAUCAGUCAGAAGGCAGUGCAAACAGUCAACAGAGACUAAGACUGGUCCGUGAGAGAAAACGUGUAGCGUGGAUACUGCUGCUGUUAGCUGUGCUGUUUGCUCUGUGCUGGCUACCAUAUAACAUUUUACAGCUUUUGAUCGACGUAAACGCUGUACAAGUGGACUCAGUGGCUUUAGUAUUACCAUACACAUUGCUAUUAGGGCAUACAAACUCGGCUAUCAACCCCAUUGUGUACUGUCUCAUGACGCGGAACUUCCGCCGGUCUCUCCGUAAGCUUCUCUGCCACGACCCCGGUAACAUACACUCUAGUACUCAUUUUCAUAUGCAAGGCAUACGUCAAAAAUCCAACACGUCUAGUGGACGCACUUGCACUACAGUAACAUUUCGUAGUAGCAAUCAGAGUCGUCACUCUCCCAGCAUACAGUAUGGGAGGGUCGCGCGGCCCUCUCUGAGGGAGCCCACUUGGAAAGAUAAAGACAGAAAAGCUCAGUUCUUA